GCCGAGUUACCUGUUGGUUGUACCUUGCAGCUGCGGGGAAUAGCAGAGGCCAUUUUAAUAUUGUAGAAGGUUGUAAUGCUUUUCAUGUUGUUACACUGCACGUACCAAGCACCUCUGCACCUAAAGCACUAGCUUUGUCACUGAACCGAGUGAGGUAUCCGCACAGCACAAUUGAGGUGCAACUAGGCCCAUGGACACCAAAUCGACUUCAGAUGAUGAGGUUUGAGCACUUAUGCCGCGCGCUUUAGACACGAUAGAUAGAAGUGAAUUCACCCACACCCUAGCGUCCGUAACAUAUUGAUGCUUUCUUUUCUAGGUUCGAACCUUGUUCGUGAGCGGCUUGCCAAUCGAUGUAAAACCUCGAGAAAUAUACCUCCUUUUCCGAGGCUUCAAGGUACGCUGCGCUUUCUUCGGCACAAGUGUUUUGUCGCUAAUAUUUUCCGUACAACAUCAUUUACGGCUCGGCUGAAAAUGCCGAAAAGCGAGACAUUAAUCUUGAAUGGGAUUCGACAGGCAUCAAUCUAAAUUUCUCUUAGACAAAUCAGCGAAAUAAAUGAAGAGCUAAGUAAACUUAUUUUACCGUUAAACGAUUUAAAUGAUUGUCAAUGUUUUGUAAUCGACUUGGGCAAGGUCGCAGGGUUCAACUAGGUAUUGAAAGAAACAAAUGAAUAUUGAAAAGCGUUCGUUUCCCUUCGAGAAGCUUAAAUGUUAAAAUAGCACGGUGCUAUUUUCGUCUGAGCCUUACAGCUGCGACAUAAGAGUUAUUAGCAAUAGUUGCAACAACUUUACGUAACUUUUGGUCUCCUGCAAAGUCAGCAGCACAGAUUUUGGCAAAUAUUUGCAGUGCGUCUGGCGCCGCCAUUAUGAACGUACACGAUUUAUGGUGUUAAGCUAACUCAUCUUUUAUGCAAACAAAAAACAAAGAAUCGGCUUGUAAGUUCUCUGUUAUUCUUCACAGGAAUGUACACGACCCUAAAUUUUAUAAAUAAACGAAGAAGUCUUGCGAAGUUUGCCCAAAUCAGAAACUGCCGAAUUACGUUCAAAACGAAGAGGGUUGGCAAUUUUGCGCAGAAAUUGAAAGUUGUAAUUAUCACUUCGCUAUGCUCACGAUUCCAGGAGUAAUUAAGGACAAGGAAAGCUAAUUAGGUGCUCAAAAAGAAUAGACAGAAUUUGAAAGCGGCAUGUGGUUAGAACAUUUGCAUGGAAGGUGAUUACUUUGCGACCAAGUUGGUCAAAUUAGAGAUACAUCUGUUACAGAUCCACUUCGUAAACCAACCUGACGAUUUAGCUUCGUUUUAGUUCAGGUUGUGAUGCAUAUCUGAAUAAAUUGUUUAUACCUCGUGUAAAUCAAACACCAUUAUCGCGACUGACUGAGAAGUACUAGGCGAAAACCUAAGUAUCGUAAAUACUCGAUUGACGAAACCAUAGACCUCCCAUUAGUCAACAGUUGAAAAGAAUUAAUUUGUGCUCGGCCCGAUUUUGCUAAAUAAAUAACGGUUUAUUCACUAGACAUCGAAAUUCACACAAUACGGUUUGAGUGAUAUCAGGAAAACUAUUGUUAUUCCGAAUUGAUCUUCUUGAAAACAUACCAUUAUACUAGCUUCAGUCUUCUUUUACGACAAGAUCAACUAACACACCGUACUCGACUUUUAAGCAAUACUAAGAAUAUGUAUCAUCAGUAACUCAAUCAUUUCCGUAGAUCAUAAUAUAACACAUGUAAUUUUGCUUGUUCAAGAUUUAUUUUUGCGUUGAAGCUCAAAUGUACAUGUGUCCUGUGUGUUUUAACACCGGCUUGGAAUACAACGAUAACUGAGUAGGCAUUUUUUUAACUAGAAGAUUUAUCUCAUUCCCCAGAACGAAACAAUGGGUGUUUUGAAAAUACAUAUUCAAGUUUGUUUUCAAUUGAUUUGCUUCCCUUCUUUGCAUAAAACAUAAUGUUGCAUUUACAAAUAUUCGAUCCUUCGAGAUCGGUCUGAUAUCGAUCACCAACAACCCAGUAUCGCCACAUUAAAAAGCAUUAAGAUAUUUUUGUACGACUCUCGUUUCAUGCCAAAACUUGACAAACAAUAAGUUUUGUCUUCGCUUUUUCUCUGUUGCAGUUACAACAAUUUGCAUGAAAGUUGCUGCAUUUAGAGAUGGUUUUUAAUUCGAGAUAUUUGCGUAAAAUAAUUUUUUUUUCUUUCGGAAAUUCUCGCAACCCACGCCAGCAAGAUAAUACUGUAUUGAGAGCUGGCAAUUUUCGCCCAGCGUGGAAGACUAAGAAAGUUUGUUAUUAUUGUUCCAGGGUUAUGAAGGAUCACUGCUUAAGCUUACAGACAAACAGGUAGGAAUAAUAAUGAUAAUAGCAGGGUGGAAGAAACAAUUAUUAAGCCAACUGUGUCUCACUCUGUUGAAUAAUACAUUUCUACCUUAUAGUUCUCAUUUCUCAUUAACUCUGGGCUAAAUAGACUUGCAAUGGGUGUAGCGUUUGAGUCUUAAACAAAUUGAAUCAUAAAAAUACGUUAGACGUAAAUCUACGUGAAGUAUAAUAUUUGGUAUCUUUUUGCAAAGGACCACUUUUCGAAACCAAUUUUAACGUGUGCCGUUGAAUCUUCCAACAUUCUGUUCUUGGGGUGGAAUUCAACCUCAGGCCUCGCUGGUUUCCAGGCCGAGUCGAAGUUUUGAAUUUAAGAUGCUCCACUCCAUAAUGACAGGAAACUCUCUAGACUGCAAAAAUUCAGUCUAAGCUAUCAAAAAAUAAUAUCUCAAGAAGUUUUGAAGUUAAAGCCUUUUAACUCCUUUUGUGGGGGGUAAUUAACAAUGUUAAUCCAUCCAAAAGUGCUCAGGGUGAGUGUUGGUAUGACAUGAAUUCCUUUAACAAAACAUUCUGAGGCAAGCUGUGAGCAUAGAAAACUUCCAAUAGCUUCGCUGCAAAGAAAAGUAUUCAGCGAUAUAAUUACCAUCCCAUGUGGUCUUGCAAGGCUACUGAAUAAAUUUUCUGUGCGGGAAAUUGUUUCAAUAGUGAGCCCGUAGUUUCUCUAGGUUUAAUUUUUUUUUUUAACUCACUUCCUAAACAAUAAUUAGAAACAAACUCCCUCGAAAAAAUGGCGGACAUGAAAGCUAUGCUCUUCAUCUUUACCUUUGAUUCUUCCUACAGCAUGAUUAAAUACAGAAAAAUAAAGUUUCUAACAAAGUCAAACAAUCGCUCAUAAUGACCAACUUCUAAACCUCUCGUAAAUCUUUUUUUUUUGUCAUUACAACAGGGAAAACCUUCGGUAAGUGUAACAAUACUUAUCAUUCAAUUCUCUUCGUGAAACUUGUAGUUCGUUUAUUGAUUGUGACACUGAAAAGAUGCUCGCAUCUGAUUGGUCCCUGAGAAACCAUAAUUGAUUGUAGAUUAAAGAUAAAAAAGUCAAAUUACGAAAAUACUCUGACUGAGCAAAUUUUACACCAACACCUUGACGAUAGAAACGUAUGAAAUUAACUUUAUGGUUUCUUGGGAUAUUUCAUAAUAAUUCAGUUAAGUUUCCAGAGGAAAAAUAAUAUAAGAAGUUUAUGAUGUUAUCAAGUAUACCCGCAGUGAGUUCUUUGCACUUUAGUACCCAAACACAUGUAACUGAUAGGCGUUUCAGUGUGUGUCUCAUUAUAGCAACUUGUAUUCUUAGUAAUUUCUGUCUGAAAAACAAUUCAUCUUUUGACUUUAGCCUGUUGCAUUCGUCACGUUUGAAAGCAGAGAGGAGGCAGAGGAGGCUAAAGCUUCGUUGCAGGUUAGAAAAAAAAAACAAGCAAGUAAUUUAUUGUGUGCCCUACACUGGUGAAUGACAGAAUAUAGCUCUCACCACAACUGUUCAGUUAUUUACGAUAUUUAUACAGGUUGGGCCUGUUCAUCUUUAAAGCUGUGUUAAAUGGGGGCCUGUAUAAAUAAACGAAAACAAGCUACGUUCCCUACUAUUUGCGAGAAGUGCGUUUUUUUUUAACGUCCCCUGCUAAACGCACGCAGGGGUUGACUAGAAAGGGGUUGUACAAAAAAAAAACACGCACGUACCGAUUGCAUAGUUGAUAUUUGGCAAGUAAAAAUGUAAUCUGUUGAACUACACAAAAAAAUUUAUAAAUGUUUAAAAACCCAUUUUAAUAUGGAAAAAUUUAAGACAACUAUGCCCAUAUUUCAAAAACUAGACCAAUGACUUUCUCAGGAAUACAGUUUCAAUCCAGUAUUUCUAUCCUUAGGGUAGUAAACUGAACAUUUCGUACAGUUCUAAUUCUUUUGUUAGUUUACUUUGCCUCAAUUAAGAGACCAUUCUUCCUUUUUUUUUUCUUUUAAAUAUUAUUAUUAAGGGUGUACGAUUCGAUCCAGAUGUCUCGCAAACGCUUCGUUUGGAGUUUGCUCGCUCCAAUACCAAGGUAUCCAAGCCGGUGAACAAACAGGCUGUGUUAACUUCCGUUCCACACUUUUUUCCUCGAGAGCCUCAGCUCAGUAAGUACAAAGUUCAAAUAUAAUACGAUCUAUUAACAAGUUUUAUCAAGGACUUAUUAGUUUGGUACGAAUGAUUUCAACAACGUUGUCAUCAGAAAAAGCAGAAACAAAAAAGAGGAAAAACCUAGAUAGGGUUUUAUUAGCAUAUAUAACUACACUCUAACUAUAUGCCCGGCAGCUGAACAAUUUCCACAGAAUUUCCACCGAAAAAUUUUCCCUUUGAGUGUCAGAUGUAUACCCCAUUCACGCCAGCAAUACAUGUUAAGUUAAACCGUGUUUAACUUAAUAAAAAUCAGAAACAGAGAAAUGAAGAACUAAACUUUCCAUAAGGUUCAAGCAGUCGGUAACUUGGAUUUUAAAUUUGCUAAAUUUGAAGUCGACAAACACUAGUCUAAGCAGCUUAAGUGAAGGAAACAAAUUUACACCGUGUUUAACAAAACGCGUUUAAUAAAUGUUUCGGCUUUGGUAUGAAUGAGUUAAUAAUAUACUCACCGCGUGUGCUUAUGCUUUAUGUUAAUUGAUUCGAUUUUGCGCUGUCCUCUUUUCUUUUCGCGACGUUUGAGGUUAUACCCCUUAGCGAUUUCCACCUUCCUCAUUGUCUCUGCGUUUAUUUUCUUUCUUUUUUUCAGUGCAUACAGAGCUUGCUGCAGCAGGAUUUCUGCCGGGACCAGAGCCGAGCAUAGCAUACCCUGCGUGAGUAAAGUUGAACUAAAGUCUUGAUCUAAAAAGCACUCUGAAGCGUUGGCAACUUUGUAACAUGUAAGGUGCAGUAAUGUGGCCUACAUUCAGUGAGAAUCUUACUCAAAAUGUGUUUUAUUGCAUUGUUACUUUGCACAAUGACUUUUGCAGAACUUUCUGUUUCAGGAAAAAAAACUGUUUGUUUGUCUGAAUCCACAAAUGACAGAGAAGGUUUUGCAUAAUAUUGAGUUAUAUGUCUUGUCCAUAUCGAUGAGAUGUACGUGUGUAAAACGCUUUCCCUCUCACCAAGCUCAAACCCACGACCCUGAGGUUGGGUCUUUUUUUCAAAAUUCAGAGGGACUCUCAACUCGAGGGCGUGAUAAAUCACUUCUCCCCUGAUACAAUUAGCACGUUAGAAAUAAUCAGUUACUGUGCCAAAAAGAGUAAGUACAGCGCGUUUUAAGCACAACUAAAAAUGAUGAACCAGUCACACCUUGAGGAUUGUGUAACAUCUAAGUGUCGGUUUAACUUGUUCUAAACUUUCGCACAAGUUAGGUGCGCAGUACCUAGAAUCAAGCAAAAACUACUUUCAUUAUAAGAAAAGUUAAAAAAACAAAUAACUGAUGAUAACAUCUCGUAAUGCAGUCGAUUCUUCUUGUCUUGUCUCUCACUCCAACAGGCCAAUAUUUAGCGACAUCAUGGCAGCUACAGCUCAACACACUUUCAAUCAUCAUCCCUCCAGUAUACUGCAGCUACAAGUGCGUCUUACUAACUCUUACAUAGCAAACUGAAGGCGUCUUUGAGUCUAAAAAGGAGAAUAUUAGUUUUUUGAAAGAAUUUCCUUAUUUUUUUAUUUUUUUAUUUUUUCUUGUUAAUGAAGAUUAAGACCAAACGGUCACUGAUUUCAUUAAGUCUGUAUCCUGCAAUAGCAAGUAUGGUCAAAAACUAGGAAAAGACCUCUGGAAGUGUAUGGAAGCCCUUGUAUUUCGUCGGUAUGAAUGAGUAUCAACGGAAGGAAAUCCAAUUUAUCAAAUUUUCUCCAACAAAUAAUCGAGAUGAAGAACUAAAGACAUACUAAAUGUAAUAAUUCAUUCUAUAUAUUUCAAAGUAAAGACAAGAUAGCGGGGUUUCUAAUAUUUCGUACUUCCUUUUCUUUUUCUGCUUUGUAGGCGUUCCCGCAGCACCAUCCCAUCAUUCCAGCACUAGCGUCGCCAACAUCUCUUCAUCACAUGGCCAGUCUGGGAAAUCCUCCAUGUUCAACACUCUUUGUGGCCAACCUUGGGAAGGGAAGCUCCGAACAAGAGUUAAGAGAUCUUUUUGCUGAGUAAGUUAACAAUUGAUUGAACUGCCUCAUGAAUCAUGUCUGUGAACACUUUAGGAAGUUGAAGUUCCAGCUCCCUAAAUGUUACCGUCACUUGAACUGUGCAGUGACUUCAACUCCUUUCCCAGCAUCCAACAUAUAUUUUUUCUCAUAACGUAGUUGCAAAUCAAACAAACUGCAUUUGCAUUUCUGCACGAGAGUUUGACAGUAUGCUUUCCUUAUAUUAUUUCUUUCUCUUUUUUCCUUUAGCUUGCCGGGCUUUCGACGCUUAAAAAUGCACAGUAAAGGGAGUAGCCCCGUCUGUUUCGUGGAAUAUCAGGUAUUUUUCUAUUUAUUUUUAUCAGUUGCUCAUUAUUUACUUAAUAUUUGGUUAUAGUGAUAACUCUCAUGAGAUACAGUAAACAUAAGGACACAAAUUUCUCCGGAGAGAAAAAAUCCUUUCACAGUGUACUUGUGAUGAUUUUUGCGACAGCCAUCUCAUUGCUUGGCAACCACUCUUUUUCCCCCUUUUUAAGGAUAUCUACACGGCGACUCAUGCUAUGAAUGUUCUUCGAGGGUGAGUAGUGAGCAUGUUUUUCAGUAGCCACCCUUUCGGUUUAUCCAACAACGAGGUACAGCUGCACAUAAAAAUUUAUCUCGAAGAUUAAGACAAAUUUUGCCAAUUUUCCUUUGAGAAUUAUUGUAUCAGUAUUAAUAAUUACAAUGAUGAUUUUCAGAGCAUAACAUGUCAAUUUUGUGUCAACUUGUUUAGCCAUAGUAUAAGCUAAUGGGGACACUGAAGUAAACUAAAGUAAUCAUUGCAGUAUUCAUGUAACUGCAUUUUCUUUGAGCGUCUUUUUUGUGAAAUAAAAAAAUUGCAAAGUCACCAUAGUUAAAAAAUUGUACUUCGGUAUCAUAAUCGUGGGGUGAUAAUAGUGAGAUACCAAUUAAUCCUCGACCAAUAAAAAUGCCCACGUCUCUUAAACUACCCAAGCAAUUGUACCAAAAUGUGUCGUUAUGAAAAGUAAAAAUUGAGGAAGGAGUCAGUUAUUGAUCUAAACUAGGCCCUCAAAAUAACUUUUUUAACGAACACGGAGUUUUAAAUGUCUAUUUUCUCAUUUUAAUUUUAUCUUUACUUCUUUACAGCCAUAUCAUGCAGUCUUCUUCAGAAAAAGGAGGCAUAAGGAUAGAAUACGCAAAAACCAAAAUGGGCGAGGUACAUGAAUGACUCUUUGUGUCACGCCCUCGUGUGUAGGUACAUUUAUGUGUGUUGUGCCACUUAAGGUAGUUUUAUAAACCUUUUAUAGGUUUGGCUUGACUUUUUUUUUUAAUUUAGUGUCAACUUUUCUACCAUUCAUCAACUACCAUCACUGAAAUCAACGCUACGAUUACUCAUGGUUUAUUGUUUUCAUCGCCCUCCUUGGGGCAAUUUUCAAUUCAGUCGAUAGUAAUCCGAGACUGCAUUGGUUUUGCUUUACCUUGCUCGGCGAUUGAACCAGAAAACUCGCACCAAUCUCUAAACCAAUAAGAUUCAAUACUAAAAUCAAUCACGACUUGGUUACCCACGUUUUCCUGCACUUUGGCAGUUUUCUUGGUUUAGUUUAAGUUCUCUUUGGCACUUCAGGGUAUUUCCCUUUCAUCUAAUUGGCCUUGUAAUUGUUUUGAUUUUGGUUUUAUGACAAUCAAUCGAAAAGUGCUCCUUCCUUCUUACUUUCUUUGGUCUGAUUUUGAUCCAUAAUUUCAAAACUGCUUCAUUUGUGAGUUAAAUUACACGGUAAUUCGUAUUCAUUGUAGCUACAGCUGUGUGUAAGCCCAUAUCUUUUUGUUAGGUUUUUAUUAUUUUAUUUUUACUAUUAUGUUUUGUGAAUUCCUUAGAUAGGACGACGAAUCAUUUACAAUACUCCAGGCAUCUUUAUAGUUACCAGCACUGGAGAACUCACGAACAAAUUUUCUUCCUCUGAGAAAACUUUUAGGAAUUCAUUUGCAACCCCAGUGGCCUGUAAAAAUAUGUUUUUUCUUACGGUUUUACAAAAAUUUUUAACAUAUGUCCUGGUAGGCAUUUUAAAAUAACUAGCAAAAAAACAUCUAAGCCAAUUUUGGCAGCUGCUGAUUUUUUGAGGCCUCUUCUUGUCCUUUUUGCAGGGAAGGAUUGACGGUAUGGUCGCAAUACCGAUGCAAUAUUGAGACAAUAUGGAAAAAUUAAUGUUCCAUUCCAAAAGCUGCUUCAGUGAGAAAUAAGAGAAAAAUACCAAGAAAUAAUCUAAAGCUACAGUGAUGUUUUAGAAGAUAUUUGUUAAGAAAUAGAUUGAGCUAAUUUAUUGCAGUGUUUGCCUGUAAAAAUGAACUGAAAAUCAGAUAACUAAGUAUUUAUGAAGGAAUAGGGCUUUUUGCUGGCACGAAAGGGUCUUCGGAUUUUUUUUAGAAAUAACUGAUAUUUAUAACCCUGUUGAGCCGGCGAGAAAAAACCGUUUUCUUCUCAUAAUCAUAAAAAAACGAAAUUCUCGCUUCUAGCAGAAAAUCUUCAGUUUGAAUGUAAAAAAGGUUGUAAGAAAAAAAGCUAGAAUUCUUUUUCUGAAAAUGUUAUAUUUCCUUCUUAUUUUUGUUUUUAUUUUUCACAAGUGGCUAUUUUUCUUAACUAGAUGGGAAUGGAAAUGUUCCCUGUUCCGAUAAAGGAAAUACAAUUUUUUAACUUAUUCGAAAAGAGGUGUGAUUUGAUUUCAUCUAUUUCCAGGUUUCAAU